ACGUGUUCUCCUGACGUCAUAGUCAGCUGAUCUACACGGAAGUAAACACACCAGAUGACGCGUCUGACACUACACAAGCGUACGGAUUACAGUAGCUUUAAAUCGAAUUUACUUGAUAGCUUUAAAUUCCUCACGGAGCUCUGACCCUGGUUGCCCCCCGGAAAAAUGGUGUCUUUAAUAUGCACCUUGCAGGGCCAUCGAGACGACGUGAACUGGUGCGCGUUGUCCGCCACCCACCUGUCCACCUGCUCCGGGGAUAAGACCCUGCGGGUGUACUCCACCGCCCAGGACUUCUCCGAGCUGCCCUACUCGCCCCUGACGGGCCACGGCUACGGCGUCCACUGCUGUUGCUUCAGCCCCUGCGGUCAGUUCCUGGCCUCCUGCUCCACGGACGCCACCACGGUGGUGUGGUCGGUGUCCGCUGGAGAGAUCGAGGCGGUGCUGGAGCAUCCCGGACGGAGCCCCGUCAGGGUGUGCGCCUUCUCCCCCGACUCCACUCACCUGGUGUCCGGCGCGGCAGACGGGACACUGGCGUUGUGGGACUUCCCGGCGAAGCGGCUCUUAAGCACAAGGACGGUGAAUGACGCCACGGUGGUAGCGCUCUCCUUCAGCCCGUGCGGGCAGGCCCUUGCCAGCGGCUCCACCUACGGAGACCUGCGGCUCUGGGAUCUGAACAUGAACCAGGUCUUCGCCGAGAAGAACGCCCACGACCUGGGGGUCACCUGCUGCUGCUUCUCCCCCCGCAAGGACAAAAUUGAACUGGUGAUGCAUCUGGCUUCCUGCGGUCAAGACAGUCUUGUAAAGAUCUGGACUGUACUAAAUACCAUCACUGGAGGCUGGGAGGUGAAGCUACUCCACACGUUGAGGGGCCAGUCGGCCCCGGUUCUGUCCUGUUCUUACUCCUCUGACGGACAGCUGCUGGCGUCUGGCUCUGUGGAUAAAACCGUUACCAUAUAUGAUGCUAACAACGCGGUUUUGCUGUACACAUUGAACCAACACGAAAGGUAUGUGACGGCGUGUGCCUUCUCUCCCACGGAUGCUGUCAUGGCAACAGGAUCCAUGGACAAAACGGUCAACGUCUGGAGGAUCCAGGAUGGGCACAGCUGCAAAGGUGGAAAAUUAGCCCCAGAGGAUUGCGCAACAACCUUCAGUGACGGGAGAACGGCAGCGGGUCGGUCCAGGCUGCUGGUCUCUGAUUGGUCAGAGGAGGAUGUGGGGGCGUGGCUAGUGGAGGAGGGCCUAGAGGGAUUGGCCGUCACGUUCCGAACCAAUAACAUCGAUGGGGCGGAGCUUCUGAGAAUUAGCAAAGACACACUGAUGGAGCUGCGUGUGGAGUCAGUGGGUUUGCGUGGUAAGGUCCUCAGGAAGAUCGAGGAGUUAAAAGGUGUGUCUGUGUGUUCGGGUGUACCUGAUGAGUACCUGUGUCCAAUCACCAGAGAGCUGAUGAAGGAUCCCGUCAUCGCUGCAGACGGCUACUCCUAUGAGAGGGAGGCCAUUCAGAGCUGGAUCAACAGCCGGAACCGCUCCAGCCCCAUGACCAACCUGCCCCUGAAGACCACCCUGCUCACACCCAACCACACCCUGAAGAUGGCCAUCGGGCGCUGGUCCACCAGCCACUAGUGGGCCUGGGAACCGCCUCACCUGGGACUCACCACGUACGAGAGACUAACCGGGAACACACAAGCCACGGCAUAUCCGGUGUUGUUGAUGUAAUGCAUGUCUUAGACACAACCAGAAGGCUCUCCGAAGGCCUUCGGGUCGUUUUUCUGGAAGAGGAACAGGGUGUGAGUGAGGUGGCCGGGGGUGUAGUUGGCGUCGCACUCGACAGAAAAGGUUUCUUAAAGUCUUAAGUAUCAUCCAAUCAAACGGUCACAUUCAGGCAGUGCGCGGACUCAACAAGUCAACUCGGUUAAUUUUAUUUUUGUUUUGUAUUUAUGACUGGUUGACUUGAUGUGUAUGUCUCCAAACCCUCCUUAACAUGCCCUGUGCAGUUUGGAUAACAGUGGCUGCUAAGCAGCUAAAGCUUAAAGGACGUCUGCCCAUUGUGUGUAUGUCUUUGGGGAUUGAACCCAUGACCUUUUUUCUGUGGCGAGUCAGACAUCAGAGGACUCGUCGUCACCUGUGUCACUUUAAAGGAGAGAGCCCAAUUAAAUGCUCAGACUCUGGACUCUGUGAAAAGUCUGUUUUUCUUUCCAUCAUUGAAUCGUGCAUGUAAUUUGUAUGACAGGACUAUACAAAAUUAUUAGUUUAGUGAAGUAUUAACACAUGAUAUGUUAUAAUGGCUUCUGUAUAAUUCUUACAUUAGUCAUUGAAAUGUAUAUUCUUCACUUAUAUGAAAUAGUCCUGUUGUAGUGAUUAACCAAUACACAUUUCAUGUUCUCCGCACUUCAUUUAAACAAUAUAUCAUGUGUUGCAUGCAAGCAAUCGUUACUGUUAUUAAAUGGUUAUAGCAAUAACAGGAUUCCUCGUUUCAAAUGAGUUAUAUUUCCUGGGUCAUAUUGAUGAUUUUGUGGUCACUGUUCUAUGGAAGCUUAGAUUUCAGAUUUGAACUGCAAAACAAUCGGAGCCUUUGAGGGGGCAUGUUUUGUGUCACCAAAAGGGAACUGAUGUUACUGGCAGUGAGUCAUGUCCAGAUGCACUGCGGAUGUUUUGGAGACUGUUGCGUAAGAGGGGCUGAAACUUACCAAAGAGCUCCACUCUUUUUGCAAAUCCAGCAUUUAAUUAUCACACAUAAAAUGGAUCCAGCACGCUCCGAAACCGACGCAUUACCGGGCCAUGCAGAAUGUACAAUUAUCCAGAAGAACACCGUGUUGGGCGGAGACAAACCCCUACACCGCUUCAUCAAGGGACAACCCAAGAUCAUCGGUAUCGUAUUGCUGAUCCUUGGCUCCUCGUUCUUCAUUCUGUCCAUCCCACUGAGCGAGGUCGGUUCGUUUGAAAGGUUUGAUGGGUACAUCCAGCCAGGCUUCUGGCUCAGCCCAAUGUUCAUUGUUUGUGGAAUACUGUACAUCGUUACGGAGUAUAACCCGACCAAAAAAACGGUGACAGCUAGUUUGGCUAUUAGCAUCGUGGCAUUGCUGGGGACGCUGUGGGUGGCCUUUCUAAUAGUUCUGCCCAUCUUGCUGCAUGGACAUUUCAGCCUUCGGUUUCACGGUUAUGGGCAGGAAGGCCACGUUCCGGUGUUCAUUUUGUACUUGGUGAUUGAGGUCUACACCUUCGUAGGAGUGUUCAUCUUCAUCACCAUGUCAGCACUUGCCGGUAUCUCUCUACGCUCCUCUGGUAGCCAGACCCAGGUCGUGAUGAUGCAAAGCCAACCACCAACUGAAUGAGGAGCACGCACGCACACACACACACACGUACCCGCACGCAGACUUACGCACACACCCUGCACACACGCUUCUCUUUGGACUCAUUGAUGCCAUGUUGUAUACAAAACCUUUUCAAAUGUAUUAGCCUUGGUAGAGAUAUGUGUAUCAAUUGGUACCGCCUAUAUUUACCUUCUACACGCUGUGAAUAGUCAUUCCUACUAAACCACUACUGAUGACACAGAAACAAAUACCUGAUGUACUAAUGCCAUAAUGUAUCUGUAAUAAAAAUAACUUUAUUUA